AUGGGAAGUGUUGCGGAGUUCCGAGAUAGCGUUACGCUCUCGGGACGCUUCAGCAUUGGGGACCUCCUCAGGGUCGGAGAUGAGGACGAGACACUCCCCUCCUCCGGAAGAACGUUGCUCGAUGUCAUCCGGGAUGAGGAGGCGGCGGCAAAUGGGGCGGCUUUGGGGGGCCAUUCCGGCAAUGGAUGGAAAACGUUCAAGGGCCACCUCCGCCGCGCCGGCGCGUCGUGGGCGGUGGGCAUAUGUUCUUCAUCUGCCGAACCCAGCUUCCUCGUCUCCGUCCUGGUCCCUGUUCCCGCGGCACCUUCGACAUCUCUGCAGGGGGGGCUUCGAUCGCAUAAUGGCGAAAGAUCCGGUCGCGGUGGCGCCACUGAGCCUCCAGCGCCGGGAACCGCGGCAGUGGAUGAGAGGGUAUCUUUGAUGGCGCUACUGGAGGAAACUGAGGUGCACUGGAACAGGGGCGAGCGAACACUGCCGCUGGCGACGUUGGAGGAGGCGCUGGCAGAGGAGGAGAAAGAGGAAGAAGUGGAGGAGGAGGAGGAGGCGGCAAGGGACCACGGAACCACACUGUGCAUGUGCUGUAGUGUGUGCAUGGUACGGCGCAGGGGCGCGGCGUUCAUCCCCUGUGGCCACACCUUCUGCCGGUUGUGCUCGAGGAAGCUCUGGGCGAGCCGCAGCAACUGCCCGCUCUGCAACGGCUUCAUCCUCGAGAUCCUCAACAUCUUCUAA